GGAAUCACUUGUCCUAUAUAAAGUCCUGAACACACACCCUCACCAUCAGUCUCCAGCUCCUCAUGCACUCGACUACUACAGACAUGCGUUCUCUGUCAGUGAUGUUGGUGUUGGUGGUGAUGGCUGGUGUUUGCUACGCUGGACUACUUGGUGGUGGUUUUCUGCCACUUGGUUUGGGUCUUGGUGGACUUGGUGGAUACGGCGGGGGCUUGAAAGGUUUAGGUGGCUAUGGCGGCCUUGGUGGAGGAUUUGGUGGCGGAUAUGGUGGUCAGGGAGGACACACUUUCGUGCUGAGCAAGAGUUAUGGAAGCGCUGGGGGAUUUGGCCACGGAGGAAAACUUGGAUUUGGCAAGGGAGGUGGAUACGGUGGAUUUGGAAAUGGUUUCGGCGGAUUUGGCAAAGGUGGUUAGGUGGACUUGGCUUCGGUGGUUUCGGGAAGUAGGACGUCACCUCGUCAGUACCAGGUCCAGGACCAUCUUCCUCACCAGGACCAGGUCCAGGACCAUCUUCCUCACCAGGACCAGGUCCAGGACCAUCUUCCUCACCAGGACCAGGUCCAGGACCAUCUUCCUCACCAGGACCAGGUCCAGGACCAUCU